CAGCUCCCUGUUUUCGGAGGUGCGGGAACUGUUCCUGUCGGCGGUACGCAUGGACCCCACGCAGGUGGACCCGGACGUUCAGUGCGGUCUGGGAGUGCUCUUCAAUCUGAGCGGAGAAUAUCAGAAAGCCGUGGAUUGUUUCACCGCCGCCCUGAGCCAAAGACCAGAUGACUAUCUGCUAUGGAACAAGCUCGGCGCCACCCUGGCAAACGGCAACGACAGCGAGGCUGCAGUGGAGGCUUACCGAAGGGCGUUGCAGCUGCAACCCGGAUUCAUACGCUCCCGUUACAACCUGGGCAUUGCCUGUAUUAAUCUAGGAGCCCACAGGGAAGCGGUGGAACACUUCAUGGAAGCCCUCAGCAUGCAGCAACAGAGCGGCGGCCCCGACGGCUCCAUGUCCGACAAUAUCUGGAGCACCCUGCGCAUGGCGCUCUCCAUGUUGGGGCAAAGCAACCUCUACGCCGCGGCCGACGCCCGCGACCUCGCCGCGCUACAGGCCGCCUUCCCGCCUCACUCCACCCCCAGCCAAUGACCCGACCCGUGGCCGUGCGAGUGCAUGCUGGGAGGGUCCCCGCAAUGCACCGGGAAGGUGGCGCCGCCCGAAGAACGCGGGACUGUUACGGCGGCCGGACCCCCCCUGAGCCACAAUGAUGAUGAUUUUGAGCAGACUUUGACCUUUCACUCCAUUGGCUGGUACAGGGAUGAAGGAACUCUUUGAUUCGCUGAUUAAUCUUUAUUUAAUUACCUUUUGUGUGUGUGGGAGGAGCCAGAUUUCUUUUUUUUGUUGUUGCUGUCCGUGACGUCAUAGUGGAGAUGUAUCGCCCGUAAAUCGCAACUUUUCUGUGUAUAUGUAACAUAGCGCCACCUAGUGGACGAAGGGGACGCUUAAAGCAGAACUCCAGCUAAAUCCUUUACCCUGACCCAAUAUUUGUGAUUUGCCGGUCUUCUGAUUUACGCAGCCCCGCCCACCGCCGUUUCCCCGCUGCAGCUCUGCGCUUUUUUUUUUUAAUGCUCGUAAUCCAAAGCACUCGCAUAUCAAAGCGAGUUUCCCCAUUGAAGUCAAUGGA